UGCGGUGUUGCCGGCGGGGCGCCACCUGACCGAGCAGCCUGUAAACCAUGAACGUUCUGUAUGACCCUCGGUGCUUCCCUUCCAUCGGUCAGAGCCAAUAUGGGUCGAGUCAGGACCAAGACAGUCAAGAAGGCUGCCCGGGUCAUCAUUGAGAAGUACUACACACGUCUGGGCAAUGACUUCCACACCAACAAGAGGGUGUGCGAGGAGAUCUCCAUUAUCCCCAGUAAGCCUCUGCGCAACAAGAUUGCAGGGUAUGUGACACACCUGAUGAAGCGUAUCCAGCGUGGUCCAGUUAGAGGAAUCUCCAUCAAGUUGCAGGAGGAGGAGCGAGAGAGGAGGGACAACUAUGUGCCAGAGAUUUCUGCUCUGGACCAGGAGCUCAUCGAGGUGGAUCCAGACACAAAGGAAAUGCUCAAGAUGCUUGAUCUCGGUGGCCUUUCAAACCUUCAAGUCACUCAGCCAACUAUUGGAAUGAACUUCAAAACACCACGAGGAUUGUAGAAUCAUGUGAAAUAAAGAGAAAAUGCAUAAGAA